AUGCAAACUCAAUCAGAUGUAACGGUGCUUGGAGCUCUUCUUGGAAGACAGUCAGGGCGUGAUGUCGAGAUUACUAAUUCGUAUGAAUUAGCUUAUGAUUUAAUUGAUGGAAGGAUUCAUAUAAAUAAUGAAUAUUUUGUGACAAAACAAGAGCAAUUUCGACAAGUUUUUCCUCAAUUUGAUUUCUUGGGGUGGUAUACUUUGGGAAUACAACCUACCGAAGAAGACAUAGAAAUUCACAAGCAGAUGAUCGAAUUUAAUGAAAGUCCACUUUUUUUACAAAUGAAUCCUUUCGAGAUGGUCACAUCUAAAAAUCUUCCAAUCACUGUCUACGAAUCAAUCAUUGAUAUAAUUAAUGGACAAGCACAAACAUUAUUUAUAAAAUCUCAAUACAAAAUUGAAACCGGCGAAGCUGAGCGUAUUGCUGUUGAUCAUGUUGCUCAUAUAACUAUUGGUGACGGAAGUGAAGGAUCUUCACUGAUUGCGCAUUUAACCACUCAAAGAAAUGCAAUUAAGAUGCUACAUACCAGAAUAAAACUUCUACAUAAAUAUCUUGUUAAUUCCAAGAAUGAUCCAUCAACAGUAGAUCAUGAUAUUCUUCGUCAAAUCGCUGGACUUUGUAAUCGUUUACCAACAAUAGAUGGAUCAGAUUUCAAUCAAGAGUUUUUAACAGAAUAUAAUGAUGUAUUGUUGACUUCAUACUUGGCUACCAUAACAAAAGGAACAAAUUGUGUCAAUGAGCUGGUUGAUAAAUUUAAUAUCGCAACUAGUUCAAACAGAUCAGGAGGACGCAAUCGUCACCAACAAAAUUUUCCAAAUUUUUAG